UCGCCUCGUUUCAAUAAGCUAUUCGAUAUAGAGAUCACGGGCUUUAUAGUAUUUUUAGCUUCCACUAAUGGAGCCGACAUCAAUUCCGAAGUGCGGCGUAGGGGAGAUACUAAUAUAUAUACGCGGUUUUUGCGGCGUAGGACUAAGGAAAGCGAUAUAUUCACUCGGAAAAUCAAGGAGGCUAUAGGCGAAGUUCGCUUCCCCUAUCGUCAAGGCCCUAUUAUCGUUGGCACUAGGCUUGCGUAUCUAUCUCGUCCUACGGUAUCUAUCUUUCGGGAUCUUUCGAAUAUCGACGAAGCUAGAGUGACUUUCAUGCUAUACCCGCAAGAUUUAACGAAAGAAGAAACGCGGGAAAACCAACCAGUCAAGCGGAAGCUACGGCCGAACGAAAUCCUUUUCGUGAAAGGAUCGGUUAGAAUAGAGAUAGAGGUUCCUGCUAGAGGCUCCUUUAUCUGGUAA